AUGGCGUAUAAAAAAUCUUUAAAAGCUUUAGAUAGAAUCUUAAAAGAUUUACGGAAUAACCAAAACCAAUUUGGUGGUACAAUGAUUUUAUUAUCAGGAGAUUUUCAUCAAACAUUGCCAGUGGUUCCACGUUUAACGAAACCUGAUGAACUGAAUGCAUGUUUAAAGUCCUCCAAUUUUUGGAAACAUGUUAAGGUAUUACAUUUCAGCAAGAAUAUGAGUGUCAUGUUGCAAAAUAGUCAAUCUGGUGACAUAUUCUCCAAACAAAUCAUUAAUAUUGGUAAUGGCAAAUUUUCUAUAGAUGUGCUGACUGACUGCUUCACCUUUCCUGAGAGUUUUUGUCAGUUAACGCAAUCAAAAGCUGAACUCAUUCAAAAAGUGUUUCCAAAUACUGCUCAAAAUUACUUAUUCCAUGAUUGGUUGAGCGAACAAGCUAUAGUGGCUGCCAAUAACAUUGAUGUAAAUGAAUUAAAUUUCAAAAUUCAAGAUGACAUUCCUGACAAAAAGGAAAAGACGUUUUGA